AGUCAUUUCAGACAUUCCCACAUCUGAUAAAAAUUACGUAAAUACAUAAAAGUCAAGAAGAAUGCUGCCCCUUUUGUACAAGUUCUUAACCAAAAUAUGACGAUAAAAAACAAUUUAAUUGUGUACCCAACCGUUAACUUAACCAAUUUAGAGAGACAUUUUAUUUUACGACAUUUUCAGUUUUUUUUCCUUCCAUUUAACAUUGUCUGGUCACGGAACGUCGUUGCAUUCACCGCACGGAGAAAGCAUGACGAUUGCAUGUGUCACUUUUAAUUGAAUUUUUAUGCCAUAAUACUCCCAUCAAAAGUGAAUGUUGUGAAUCCAGGUUGAUUACUUGCACCUGUGUCGUGUGAGUUUUAAAUGACUCCACAAAUGCUGCUAUCACUUUGGUUGGGGGUGCACGUUUCAGGAGAAAGCAGAGACAGAGGGGCACUCUUACUCACCCAGUCUUUUAGCAGAUAUCGGUCUGUGUGUGUAUGCAUUUCUUUAUUACUCUUUGUUGUUCGUGGUGUGUAUUUAAUUUCUGGGAUGGCAAAAAUCUUCCCACUACGUGUAAAGUGAUUGCAUGAUUUUCUCCCCAAAAAUUGUGGAAGGAAUUUAUCCUUAGUUUAGUAGCGCAUGUGAGAAGUGUUUUGCACUUUAUGGGAGAAAGUACAUAAGCAGUCAACGUGGUGGUCGUGGUCGUGGUGGGUUGUAACCGUUGAGAAUGGUGUCAGUUGUUGGUGGAGCUUCUGCCUGCCACCAAUGUGACCACUUUGCUUGUCCUGCUGCAAAAUAAGCGAGACCAAUUCGGUCUUUCGUACGUCAUACAUAUCUCUUUCUCUCCCUCCAUUUGCGUAUGUAUAGUUAUGUCUUGGCAGAAAAAGAGUACAACAACCCCGUCAUCGAAUCAACCGCACGGCGAAACAAAUAUUAACCAUUCAUCAUCCAUUUCAUACGAGUCACCAAAAACGACAAACCCUAAAAAGACAAGUUUGACGAUAGAUAUUGACGAAGAACUUGCCCGCUUAGAAUUAGAUGAGUUUGUCCAUUCGUUGGAACCUCCUGCCCCCACGGAGACGAGUAGCAGUGGUGGUGGUGCUGUAGGUGGUGGUCAUAAAGGACACAAAUCUGAGGAUGACGUGCUGCCAGUCCACCAUCAGUCGGAUUCGAGACGUCACCGUGACCAUGAGAGCGAAAUGGAAAACAGUAAGCUUCCCACAACAGUGAAUGGUUCCGUCGUCCAGCAAUCUGGUGGUCCUCCCCCGGCGCAGACUGCUGGUGGUGGUGGGGGUGGGAGGCGUGAGGGCAAAAAGGUCCCGACCGAUCUCACAAUUCCAGGAUCUGUAGUCGACACGCCCGCACUGCGAUCCGAACUUCUCGUCGCCGUGGAACAGAACAAAGUAGAAAAAGUGAGACGCAUUCUUAAAGCAGGCGUGGAUACGAAUGCCAUUUGCGACGAUAAAGGUAGAUGGCCCCUGCACAUUGCGACAUUGCUCGGCUUCACGGAAGUCAGUAAACUACUUUUGGAGCAUGGGGCACAAAAAGAUCAACCCGACACGGCCCUAGAACGCACCCCACUUUUGUACGCGGCUGCCACGUCUUCUGAAAUAGUACAAUUAUUACUCAAUUACAAGGUUGAUAUCCACGCCGUGAAUAAAUUUGGAGCGACAUGUCUCCACUAUGCGGCUGGGUCAGGCCAAUCGGAAUGUUGCAGAAUUUUAGCUUCCGUAGGAUGUAACGUGAAUGCCAGAGACAAGCAAAAAAUGACGCCCUUGCACAUGGCGGCCCGAGUCGAUGAUAUCUGGAGUAUUGAGGUGCUCCUCGAAUUCGGAGCAGAUAUCCAUGCAAAAGACAGCGUUGGCAAAACAGCCCUUCACCACGCCGCUGAAACAUCUGAGGGGAUGAUUUCUGACCACAAAAAAAUGGGAGCCACCUUCCGACGCCUCGUCGCCGCGGGUAUUUCCGUCAACGCGAUGGACAACGAUGGGAAGAUUGCCCUCUACUACGCCAUCCAGACCGGAUCCCCCGAAGCGUGCACAAUCCUCCGAGAACUUGGAGCCGAAAUGAUCGACGGGGUCUCGAUGUUGGUCAUGGGUCGCAAAUUCCCCAGCCUGAUUCGACCCUUUCUAGACAAAUGCAUCUCCUCCAAUAUUGACACGUGUGACCCAGAGUCAAAACAUUUCUACAUCCAGUUCGACUACACCUGCCUCACAUUUUACCCCAAAGACAUCUCGGACGACAAAUUACAAACGAUGCAACAUCGUGAAGAGACCGAGUCCAUUUUACAGGAAAUGGGCGUCCUCUAUUCCUUGACGUGGUGCAAGGACAGCAGCAUUUUGAGCCAUCCGGUCUGCGAAAGCCUCCUUCGCCUCAAGUGGAAGAAGGUCAAGUGGUAUUUGUACCUGGAUAUGUUGCUUUUCGCCGUCUUCCUCGCCUUCCUCACGGCCGUUAUCUUCAUGGAGUAUGAAUCGGACAGCUCUGCGGCCGAGUUGGCGGCAGCAAACUUGACCGAAACGACGGGUUCGGGUGGUGUUGAUGGGGACGGGAUAUCGGAAGAUGCUCGAGCCCAUAUUCACAAUCGAUCGAAUUACUAUUGCAUGGACACGACGAGGAAUAUCGUCGUGUGGGUGAUUCUUUGGAUUUUAACGGCAUGCCUGGGAAUUCGGGAGAUGAUUCAGCUACUUCAGGCCCCGCUGCACUAUGUCGUUCAGGUGGAAAAUUUAUUGGAGCUUGUUCUCGUAUUCUCCGUCGCAAUGUUGAGCCUGGCAGAGUGUGGGGUUCAAAGCUUUGUAAAUACUCGCGAUCAUUUCGCUGCCGUUUGUUUAAUUGUGGGUUGGACGAUUCAGGUCACAUUGUACGGCAAAAUUCCAGUCUUUGGCGUCUACAUUCGGAUGUUUGCAGCAGUGGCAGUCAAUAUUCUCAAGUGCAUGUUCACUUAUUUGGGGCUCCUUUUCGCCUUCAGCCUCACACUUCAUUUCCUUUUCCGUUCCCAAAAAGAGUUUGACAGCGUCGGCUUCACCUUCCUCAAGACAUUCGCCAUGAUGAUUGGGGAGAUCGAGCUGGUGCGGACGUUCAUCGAGAAUGACGGGACAUACAUCGUUCCAGUCACGAGUCACUUGAUGUUCGCCUUGUUUAUCAUUUUUAUCUCCGUUAUUCUAAUGUGCCUCCUCAUCGCGUUGGCCGUUUCGGACAUUGCCAGCAUGCAGAGGGAGGGGGAACAUAUGCAGUUAGUGCAACAAGUCAAGGUCGCAAGUCAGUUGGAAGACGCACUACAACACAGAGCCCUUUUAUACCCCCAGUUCGGGAUGAGGGAAAUAAAAUCCCUUCAUCAGAGGAAGGGGGUGAUUUUUCCUAAUUUGAAAGAUCACGGGAAACUUGGGAAGGACGCUUUGGAAAUCGUGAUCACACAGCACACUCGAAAAAUGGAUGCUUCAAAUACAAAUGUCAUAUCGCAGCAAAUACAUCCCUCAUCCUCAGAGGAAAAUGAAACAAUUAACAAAUUAAUUAACCAAAAUACCCGCAGCACGACGGAGUUGACGGAUGAUUUAUUGCAAAAGCUCAAAACACGGAUGGAUUUAUACACGUUGGAAGUAGAGCGAAGAAAUGACAAAUUAGUCCAGGAUGUCCGUAUCCAUAACGAGCAUGGAAAUAGUGUCCUAGCCAAUGAGAUUCUUGUCCUCAAGAGUCAACUGGACCACGUGACGGCCUCCCUUCGAGAGAUAGGUUCCCUCGUCAAGAACAUUGCGGAACGAUCGUCCCCGGAAGGAUCGGCCUCACCGGUGGAGGAAGAAUCACGACGAGACGGUCGUCACCACCACCACAAACCCUCCACCACCGGCACCAGUCCCACCAGCCCGGACGUUGACGUCGAGGGGACUGACGCGACGUCUUCAGAGUCCACGCCGGAACGAUCAACCACCUCCAACACCCAUGCUCAGCAGCAGAACCCCACCAACAAUCCCUAGCGACACGAAUAAAAUUAUCUAUUUAGAAAUAUAUCAAAAACACAAAAAGUUGCAAAGCAUAGUGCAAAAUUGUUUGCAUAAUUCCGUGCAAAAUCAUCUCCUCAAGUAUGAAUGUAUGGUUUAAUAAGGAGGUGAAAUAUGUAUAUUUAUCUGCUGUGCAGUCGUAAUACUAAUAUAUUUUUCAGUUUUACAUGGCAUUUUAGGCUAUAAUCUCAUGAUUCAUCUCAUCAUCAUGAUUUAAAAAACAAAAUCUUUUGUCAAAAAAUUAUAUGUCUUAAAGGUUUAUGAAGAAAAUAA